GUCCUGCACACGUACAAGGGAAACAAAAGUGCUGACAAGGCACUCAUUGCCGCUGAAUAUACCGGCGUGAAGAUCGAUGUGCCCUCUGACUUUGAAAUGGGUGUCACAAACAAAACCCCAGCGUUCCUCAAGAUGAAUCCUAUGGGAAAGGUUCCGGUACUUGAGACUCCUGAGGGUCCCAUAUUUGAGAGCAACGCCAUUGCCCGUUAUGUUAGCAGAUUGAACGGUGAGAACUCCUUGAACGGAUCCUCCCUGAUCGAAUAUGCACAAGUUGAGCAAUGGAGUGAUUUCUCCUCACUGGAGAUUUACGCAAACAUCUUGAAGUGGUUCGGCCCAAGAAUGGGAUUCAUGCCAUACAGUGCUCCGGGUGAGGAAGCUGCUGUCUCUGCGUUGAAAAGAGCACUUGAUGCGCUGAACACACAUCUUACUUCCAACACAUACCUUGUUGGUCAUUCUAUUACCCUUGCUGAUAUUAUCACCGUCUGCAACUUGAACUUGGGAUUUGCUACUGUCAUGACCAAGAGCUUUACCUCUGCAUUCCCUCACCUUGAGAGAUACUUCUGGACCGUGAUCAACCAACCAAACUUCAAGAAGGUGGUGGGUGAUGUCAAACAGACUGAAGCUGUGCCUCCUGUUGCUUCCAAGAAAGCUGCCCAGCCUGCAAAGCCCAAGGAAGAGCCCAAGAAAAAGGAAACGCCCGCAGCAGAGGCACCUAAGCCUGCUGAAGAGGAAGAGGCACCAAAGCCCAAAGCAAAGAACCCUCUAGACUUGCUACCACCAAGCCCAAUGGUUCUCGAUGACUGGAAGAGGCUUUACUCAAACACCAAAUCUAACUUCCGUGAGGUUGCUAUAAAAGGGUUCUGGGACAUGUAUGACCCAGAGGGAUACUCAUUAUGGUUCUGUGAUUACAAGUACAACGACGAGAACAUGGUGUCGUUUGUGACACUCAACAAGGUGGGCGGGUUCCUUCAGCGCAUGGACCUGGCACGUAAAUACUCGUUUGGAAAGAUGCUGAUUAUCGGGUCAGAAGGUCCCUUCAAGGUGAAGGGCUUAUGGUUAUUCCGUGGACCAGAGAUCCCUAAGUUCAUAAUGGAUGAGGUGUACGACAUGGAGCUGUACGAGUGGACUAAGGUUGAUAUCUCUGAUGAAGCCCAGAAGGAGCGUGUUAGCCAGAUGAUCGAGGACGCAGAGCCAUUUGAAGGAGAAGCUCUCUUGGAUGCCAAGUGCUUCAAGUGA